AUGGACACCAUAAAGGGCUUGGCGCGCCGUACGACACAAAGCAUCAGGGAGAUCGUUACCCACACAGAUUCAAGCGGCCAGGAUGAGAUGCUGGCUGAUGCAGGCAAAAAGGUGCGCCAGUUCCAAAAGACAAGCGAGGUUCUUUGCACCAAAUUAAUACAUGCCGCAGAACUCAUUGAGGAGCUGGGCAAGGUUCUAAAGAGUGUUGGGGAGGAGUACCAGAGGGUGCCAGAUUUGCAGCCGGAGUCUGGCCAGCUCGCUGAGGAUGUCUUAGAGGUGGGCACCAAACUUAUCGCAACUGCUCAGGAGCAUCAAAAAGGCAUUAAGAAUCAGGGCUUUGAUAUGCUGAAUUCCUUUAUUAAAGGUGUAAACAAACUGAAGGAUGCAGAAGACGCAUGCCGCAAAAAUCAAUUGGAGUACGACUUCUUUCGAAGGAAAGUACUGGACCUGCGUCGCAGCCCACCCAAGGAUAUAUCUCGUAUUCCACGAAAUGAACAAAUUAUGGAGAACUGGCGUGUUGAGCUCUGGAGAGCUACCGAAAACAAUAAGGCAAUCUGUUCUCAACUCUACAGUGAGGGGCAACGCACCAUAGACCUCAGUGUUCUAACUCUUACACAGGUUCUUGGGAGCUUCUUUAGUAUCGCUGGGGGUGGUUUCAAACAGCAGUUUGUGAAUGCACGGCUACCAGUGUACCCAGUCGCCCCCCUUUUGCCGGCGGCACCGCUACCGCCCAACCCUAUGCCGCCCUUUCAGCAGCCUCCACAGUUAGGAGGCCAUGCUCAGAACCCAUACGGGCAACAGCAGGGAUGGAACCAGGGACAACCCCCUCUGUCACAACCACAACAAACACUACAACAGCAAGGUGGUUGGCAGCAAGCCCAUGCUCUUCCACCUUCACCACAUGUGCAGCAACCAGAGUGGCAGAAAGGACCGCCUUCGCAAAAGCAACAAGAGCAACAACAAGGUUGGCAGUGGGGACAACCGACCUUGUCGCCAUCACCGCAAGAACAACAGCAACAGCAACAGCACCAGCCCUGGGGACAGCAACAACCGCAGACUUCUGGAGGGGGGUGGAAAACGGCCUUGGAGCCUCAGGAGUGGUGCACGCCGGCGCAGAGCGGGUCGUCUGUGGUGGUGGAACAGGCGGUGCCAAACACGUGGGCGCCAGUACCAGCGCAGGUUGGGCGGCCAGCUGACGACAAUAAUAACAAAGGUAAUGUCAAUGGCAAUGGUGUAUACGAAACUGGGUCACUUGCCGUGCCAUCAUCGGGAAAUCAACAGUAG